CGGGUCGCCGUUCACAGCACCACACCCCCCCCUGCAGUCUAUGAGCACCACACAUCACAGGAGGAAGAGAUGAUUAACCUGAGGGAUUCCUCUGUCGUUAACGCGAUGUUUUUUCUUUUGUGCAUGUUGAUUUCAGUGUCUGUGCCAGUUGAAGCUUCUUCUGCAGACACGAAGACGGUGGAGUUCAACGUGAAACCGGGAGGAGUGCUGCAUACUUUCGCUGAGAGAAUCGGAGACUAUGAAUGCUCAUUCACUUAUGCCUCACAAGGGGGAACCAAUGAGCAAUGGUUGAUGAGUGUGGGCCUGAGCGAUGACGACAGACUGUUUUCUUGCUCUGUGUGGAGGCCGCAGGGGAAAUCAUAUCUGUUUUUCACUCAGUUCAAGACUGAAUUGAAGGGAACCAAAAUUGAAUAUGCCAAUGCAUACUCACAGACGGCAGCAGGAGGACAAAGUGACGUGCCUUUGAAGCCGGAGGAAUUUACCGUCGGAGAGUCAACAGUGACUCACAAUGAUGGAAAGUUCGGCGCUCAGCUCUCCAAAGUCACCGCCAUUGGACGGACGCGACACACCGAGCUGUGACCGGUCAGAAGUCGGCUUGGAGGGGGAUCUGACAUCACAUU